AUGUACAUUGAUUAUUGAUGAUCCAAAUAUAUAUUAUAUUUACUACCUAAGUAUAUGCUUAACAGAUAAAAAGUCUAUAGGAAUAUUUUUGAGGUUGUUAACCUUGAAAAUAUUAUCAUUCUGAUUCUAUAGUUACUCACAAUAGUUACUACACAUCAAUAUUAAUUAUUAGUAUCAGUCGAACUUUGGUCAAAUAAUUAAUAUGACUCGUAUAACUUCUUUUACGCUAAUUUCGAAGCGUUUAUAUUCUGGAACGUCUGGAAAAAUAAAAGCAAGGAAAUAUGUUCUUACAAAAUACUUUCAAGGAGAACCAAAAGAAAGUGACUUUAAAAUUGUUGAAGAGGAACUUCCGGAUCUAAAAAAGGGGGAAAUAUUGACUCAAGCAGAAUAUUUAAGUGUCGACCCAUAUAUGCGUGCCUAUAUGAUAGGUUAUAAGCUUCCAACAGACAUGAUAGGAGGUCAAGUUGCCAAAGUUAUCGAGAGCCGCAAUGAUAAGUACCCCGUUGGUAGCUACGUGACAGAUUCAUUUGGUUGGCGAACACAUACCAUCUGCAACCCUGACAAACCGCUAACCCAAGGGACUAUACCGUUGGUAAAAGUACCAGAUCUUAAACCGUAUCCUGUUUCUUUAGCCUUGGGUGUACUUGGCAUGCCUGGGAACACAGCCUACUUUGGACUUAAGGAAAUUUGCCGUCCUAAAGCCGGAGAAACUGUUGCGAUUACAGGUGCAGCGGGUGCAGUUGGAUCACACGUGGGGCAAAUUGCCAAAAUAUUAGGCUGCAGAGUCAUAGGCUUUGCGGGUUCAGAUGAAAAAUGUGAGUAUUUGGAAAAGGAACUUGGCUUUGAUAACGCGUUCAACUAUAAAACAGUGGAUAUUAAAGCAGCACUGAAAGAUGCAGCGCCCAAUCGUGUUGAUUGCUAUUUCGAUAAUGUUGGAGGUGAAAUAAGUUAUACUAUCAUGAAUCACAUGAAUAAAUACGGCAGGGUGGCUAUCUGUGGCUCUAUAUCAUCAUACAAUGACUUUAAAAUUCCAAAAGUGAAAAUAUUGCAACCGAUAAUCGUUUUACGGGAAUUAAAAGUAGAAGGUUUUUUGGUCAAUAGAUGGACAGACAGGUGGAAUGAGGGAAUAGACAUGAACCAUAAAUGGCUAAAAGAAGGCAAAUUGAAGUACCAAGAAAAAACAUAUCACGGUUUUGAUAAUAUGGUCGGAGCUCUUAAUGGAAUGUUAAGGGGAGAGAAUUUAGGAAAAGCCGUGGUUAAAGUGAACUGAGAGACUUAUUACUUAUUUUAUUUUUUUA